AUGCUUGGGUGUAAACCUGUUAAAACUCCUUUGGAAGUUAAUUUUGUGUUUAGUAGAGAUUGUGAUGAUAAUUCAGAUCUUAUAAGAAAUAUAACUGAGUUGCAAAAACUCUUAGGGAAACUGAUUUAUCUCACUGUUACUAGACCUGAUAAUAGUUAUGCAGUUCAAGUGUUGAGUCAGUUUAUGCAUAAGCCCAGGAAAUCACAUCUAAAUGUUGCUUUCAGAUUGUUAAGAUAUUUGAAAGAAUGUCCUGGAAAAGGUGUUGUCUUUUCUAAAUCUAACAAUUUUGAUAUUAUUGGUUAUGUGGAUGCUGAUUGGGCGAAAUGCUUAUCAACUAGAAGAUCUGUUUGUGGAUAUUUGGUAUAUUUAGGUAGUUCUCUUAUUUCUUGGAAGAGUAAGAAACAAAGCACGGUAUCCAGAUCCUCAACAGAAUCUGAAUAUCGUGCUUUGGGUUCUGUAACAUGUGAAGUGUUGUGGAUUUUAAAAGUUUUAAGUGAUAUUGGUUUUAAAAUUUGA